UUCAUUAUCAGAGCUUUCAGAGUUGCCAGAGCCACUUUAGAGUUUAAUGGAUGGUGAUCAUCCUAAGUCGAAAGAGUUCCUUGGCAUGAUCCGUAAAUACAACAGCAGCUUUCAAAUGACGUCAUUUGGGACAUCUGUGCCGAUGCCACAGUCAACCGGAUUCAUGCCGACGUUCAAAAUUCAAGGACAGGUGUAUCAUAAGGCUGGCUCACUCAUGCCACUGCCAAAUGAGGAAUCGAAGUUCUUCCAAAUCUACUUUCUUGGCGAUGAAGAAGCUGAAGUUCAACGUCGUUGCAGUGUGAUAACUGGCACCAGCAAAAGUUUGAUUAAAUCUCUGCAAAAGAUGCUGCAUGAACACAAUAACUACGUCAAACAAUUAAAAAUGGCACUAGACGAUAAUCCGAGUGAGGACAUGUAGAUUGUAAUUAAAGCGGACAAAAAACCAGUUGCAAGUCAUGCACGUGUCUUCAAUGCUCCAAUAGUUAACGAAGUUGCCAUCAUUAUCGCUGGAAAUGAAUUUGAGAAGCGUGAUAUUGUUCUGAUGAUGCGCACCAAUCAACUUAAGAAUAUCUCCGAGACACACAUAUCGUAUGAUGCAUUGCAAUAUCCAUUAAUGUUUCCACAUGGUGAAGAUGGAUAUGCCAUCAACAUUAAUCAAGUGCAGCCUGGUACAUCAAAUCGUGUGAGCAAAAUGGUGUCGGCAAUGGAUUUUUACGCUAAUCGUUUGAUGGUGGCAUUCAAUUCGGACUCUCAAAAGUUUCGUAAUGAAAUAACACAAAUAAAAUCAUUAGCAGAAUUGAUAGAAACAGAUAGAAUGUUGUCAGCUGUUGAUCAGGCUUCUAAUCAGGCUUCUAAUCAUGGUCUGCUUACGGCUGCUAUCAGUUCAUUGUUAGGUUAUACGACAAUUAACGAGUCAAAGGUUUCCACUGCUUCUAACAAACCAGCAGCAGCAGCAAUCAAUCUCUUGACAAUUUAUCCAUCUUGUGUGCCAUCAGUUAACGGACAAACUUAUCGUAAUUGUUCACAAAUAUUUAUUGAAGUACUAAACAAGGCAAAGAAAAUUGCAUUGGAUGUUGAACCAACUGAUACAAUUUUGGAUAUUAAAAAACAAUUACUUACAAAACUUAAUUUACCAUCGUUGAAACGACAAAGAUUAUCAUAUCUCAAUAAACGUUUAUUUGAUCAUCUAACACUUUUUGAUUAUCAAAUUCGUACACAUAGUGAACUGCAGUUGUAUUUGAACCAGACGGAUAGCAUACAACUUUUUAUAAAAACACUAACAGGAAAAACAAUAACAAUAGAAGUAAAUUCGCACUCACCAAUUGAGAAUGUUAGAGUUGAAAUUGAAAAAAGUGAAGGCAUUCCUCCAAAUUCACAACGACUGAUAUUUGGCAAACAACAGCUUGAAGAUGGACGAACACUGUC